GAAGUCGAGGAUGGAUCGGGCGGUAGCACCGCUCAAGCGAGAGAGGACCGAGGCCCUAGAGAGGAGACUUAAAACCAGGCGGUCCCCGGCCGGAGGAGGCCGAGGCGAGCUGCUGGACGGCGGGGGCCGAUGGGGAGCAGCAGACCAUGGCAAUGCACUCACUCCGCCCGGAGCCAACUCUUGUCUGCAGGCGCACCCCCCCACCCUUACGUCUCUUUUGGUUUCGACCUGCUGACUGGGAGGGGCCGCGGGACGCCAUUCCCACAAUGCUCUGGAGCGUGCCGCCGCUGUCGCUGCCGCCUCCGCUACCGCUAGUGGAAGAAGAUGGCGGAAGGCGGAGCGGCAGAUCUGGACAUCCAGCGGUCUGACAUCGCGACGCUGCUCAAAACCUCCCUCCGGAAAGGAGACACCUGGUAUCUAGUAGAUAGUCGCUGGUUCAAACAGUGGAAAAAAUAUGUUGGCUUUGACAGUUGGGACAAAUACCAGAUGGGAGAUCAAAAUGUCUAUCCUGGACCCAUUGAUAACUCUGGACUUCUUAAAGAUGGUGAUGCCCAGUCACUCAAGGAGCAUCUUAUUGAUGAAUUGGAUUAUAUACUAUUGCCAACUGAGGGCUGGAACAAACUUGUCAGCUGGUACACAUUGAUGGAAGGUCAGGAACCAAUAGCACGAAAGGUGGUUGAACAGGGUAUGUUUGUAAAGCACUGCAAAGUAGAAGUAUAUCUCACAGAAUUGAAACUCUGUGAAAAUGGAAACAUGAACAAUGUUGUAACUCGAAGAUUUAGCAAAGCUGACACAAUAGAUACAAUUGAAAAGGAAAUAAGAAAAAUCUUCAAUAUUCCAGAUGAAAAGGAGACCAGAUUGUGGAACAAAUACAUGAGUAAUACAUUUGAACCACUGAAUAAACCAGACAGCACCAUUCAGGAUGCUGGUUUAUACCAAGGACAGGUGUUAGUGAUAGAACAGAAAAAUGAAGAUGGAACAUGGCCAAGGGGUCCUUCUACACCUAAGUCCCCAGGUGCAUCCAAUUUUUCAACUUUACCAAAGAUCUCUCCUUCAUCUCUAUCAAAUAAUUAUAACAACAUCAACAACAGAAAUGUGAAAAACUCAAAUUAUUGUCUCCCAUCCUAUACUGCUUAUAAGAACUAUGAUUAUUCAGAACCUGGAAGAAACAAUGAACAGCCAGGCCUCUGUGGCCUUAGUAACUUGGGAAAUACAUGUUUCAUGAAUUCAGCUAUUCAGGCCUAGGAGGCUCAUGAUUGGCUUCCUGGAAGAAGCAAGUCUUCAGAUGGAUUUGAAGCAAGGGAGUGAUAUGGUCUUUUCCACUGGAAAGCAGCAUGGCGUAAGACAGUUGUUUUCAAACUCUUUACUUGAAAGUAAUAGGGCUCCUUAAAUAGACUCUAGGAGAUCAUUGAAAAAAAUGUUAUCAUUAUCCCUGUCAUGCAGUGCAAAGUCAGUUGAGAUUCCAAGUUUUGGGGGGUUUUUGUUUUUUGGGUUUUUUUUUUUUUUUUUUUUUGUCUUUUUGGGGCCAUACUUAUGUCACAUGGAAGUUCCCAGGCUAGAGGUUGUAUCGGAACUAUAAGCCGCUGGCCUACGCUACAGCCACAGCAACAUGGGCUCUGAGCCACAUCUGUGACUUACACCAUAGCUCAUGGCAACUCUGGAUCCUUAAACUCACUGACUCACUGAGUGAGGUCAGGGAUCAAACCCACAUCUGGGUUUGUUACCACUGAGCCAGGAAGGGAAUUAUUUAUUUAUUUAUUUAUUUAUUUUAAGAUUCCUAUGAUCCUAAGGGGAAAUUUUUCUUCAAUAAAUUCAGAAGAAUAUUAUAUAGAAAUGUGAGAUUUUUGUUAAGACUUAAAGAGAAUGAGUACUGCUACAACACAGGAAUAACAUUCUUUUAAGAAACUAGGUCCUCAUUAUAAUGUAAAACAGUGAAAAAGUCAUCACUAAAACUAUUAUUUCUAUGUUAUAGCUUUGAAUGUGACUAAGUAUAAUGCUUUUCUGCUCUCUUUCACCUUCAGACUUUCUUUUCGCAUUCAUUGGAACAAAUUCUUAGAAACCCAGUUUAACACGAAGCUUUCUAAUUUUAUUCAAAUUAACCAAUUUUAUAGCAGAAUACGUGAACAUAGUUUCAAUUAUGAAAAGAAACACCUAAGAAAAUGAUGACUUCUGAGAAUGUGACUGAUUAGAAAUUCAAAUACUGUUCCUAGGGCAGCUUUUUAUCUAUCCAGGCAAUUAAACUCCAUUAUUUGAGUUCCUUACAUGUUAUAUGCUAAAAAUUACAUGGCAAACCGGCAUCAAAAAUAUGUUUAAUCUUCUAUCAAAUGACAGCUCAAUCAGAUCUUUUCCAUUUUGAUAAAUGUAAAGAAAUGGAAGCUGUCUUAUAUUAGAGCUAUUCGCUUUCUCAAUACAAAUACCAUGGUUUUUAACUUCUCCCUUGUGGGGAGAAGUAUCUGUUCCCUUUAGAAAAAAAAGGGGGGGGGCUGGGAAAGAGAACUUGAAUUCUUAGGCAGAUUAUUUAGACAAAGAGUAUAUAUAGUUAUACUAUGUAACUAACUAUAGCUUAGUUUUGUUAGUUUUCAUAACUGGGGCAGAAAUAGUAUCUCUGAAAGUAUACCUUGUACCUGUGUAACUUUUCCAAUAGUGAUUUCUAGUCAUGAAAAUAGGUCUUUCUUAACUAACAAUCUUACUUGUCUGCUCUUCACAUUCUUCCAAAUUAAUAUUACAAGUUUCUCUAGGAUAAAUACUUCUAUUUAUGAAUUAAUAUAAACUUUGUUUUGUCACUCCUUAAUUCUGUAGUAGGAAAUGACGUUAGUACAGAUAACAGGGAAAGACAAAGGUUAUUUCAAGGAAUUAUAAACAAUUACAUCUGAUUUUAAUAUAGAAUUGUUUUGCAUUAUACUCAUUAAGUAAAAUUACUUGCAGUACUCACAUUUGUAGCAAUAGUUAUUAAAUAAUUACACCAAAGUAUCUUAUAUUGAUUUUACUAAUUAUUCAAAGUAUUUGUAAUUGAAAGGAAAACGUAAGAAAUGUCGGUCUUUAAUUUAUAAUAGUAGCUACAAAUUUGCCCCUUCUAAAAAAAAGGGAAAUAAAAAGUGGUUCCAGUUUAUUUCUAUUACCUAAAAAUAAAAAAUAGUUCAUUUUCUAGAUGUCAAAAUCUUUUCUAAGAUACAUUUUCCUCCUUUAUUAAAGGUAUACAUAUCAUUCAAUACAAUGACUGCAGUAUUCUACAGUAUGUUAGGCUUAUGUUCUAAAUUUUAUAAAUUGGUAUAAUUGAAUUAUGUUGCUUGAAAAUAUAAGGUGCUGGACCGAUAGAACCUUAAAAAAGGGAAAGCCGUGCUACAUUCUUUUUAAAGGCUUGUUGUUUUUUCCUAUUUGCUCUAAUGUGUACAUUUAAAUUCUGUUAAGUUGAGGUUAUGCUGUUUUAAUUACUGAAAGGCCCUCAUCUAUUGGAUUUUUUUUUUCUUUUAAUGUCAUGCUUAAAAUCAUCUUUCUGUUUUAGUUGAUUAGUAGAAAUGGUUUGUGAUGUUGCAUGUUAACAAAUAUCAACUUUAUUAGUGUUGUCACUUUGCUUAGUUCAGUAUUUUUUUAGUACUGUAUAUAUGGAAACCAAUCGCUAAAUAUUAUCAGUCACUUUACAGUGCUUUAUAAACUGUACUAUACUGGGAGAGGGUCAGUGAUUGGUUACUGAAAACCAUUGCUUAAUUAAUAACAAUAUUUAAAGUAAAUUACUAAUUUUCAUAAACUCAUAUGAAAAUAUUAACAGCCCAGUAGUGAACCUGCAGCCUCUGAGAGUAACAAUACCUUUCUUUGCAUAAAGUAGUUUUUCAUAUUAUUGUCACUUAUUUAAUUUCCUCUUCACAGAUAUCUGAGUUAGGGCAUCAGGUAUCCUUAUUUCACUGAUGAGGAAAUUGAGACCAGGAAAGUUUAACUUAUCUUGCACUGAGACAAGUUGCUAAAUGAGUUUUAACUGGGCUGUUAUUCAAACUUUGAGAUAAUGUAUCUUUCAUAAUUAUACUAAUCAGCUUGUAAGAAAUGCUUUUAAAAUGUUUUAUUGUAGUCAAAUAUACAUAACAUUUACCAUUUUAACUGUUCUUAAGUCUACAGUUCAGUGGUACUGAGUAUAUUCAUAUUGUUGUGCAUUCAUUAAAAAUGUUUUUAUGGGAGUUCCCAGUGUGGUGCAGCGGAAACGAAUCCAACUAGGAACCAUGAGUUGCAGGUUCGAUCUCUGGCCUCGCUCAGUGGGUUAAGGGUUUGGUGUUGCCAUGUGCUGUGGUGCAGGUCACAGACGCGGCUCAAAUCCUGUGUGGUUGUGGCUGUAACUGUGGCCAGCAGUUGUGGCUCCGAUGAGACCCCUAGCCUGGGAACCUCCAUAUGAUGCGGGUGUGGGCUUAAAAAGCAAAAAAAAAAAAAAAAAAAAAAACAAACUUUUUAUGUUUAUGACUUGGAGCUCCCAUCAUGGCGCACUGGAAACAAAUCUGACUAGGAACCAUAAGGUUGUAGGUUUGAUCCCUGGCCUUGCUUAGUGGGUUGAGGAUCCAGUGUUGCCAUGAGCUGUGGUGUAGGUUGCAGAUAUGGUUCCAAUCCUGAGUUGCUAUUGCAUAGGCCAGCAGUUGUAGCUCCAGUUGUACCCUGUAGCCUGGGAACCUCCAUGUGCUGUGGGUGUGGCUCACAAAAAAAGCAAAGAAAAAAAAAAGUUUUUAUGUUUCUGAUAAAUAUAUGACCCCCCCGUAAUACAAGAUGCUUCCAUAAGGUGGUAUUGCUGUUACAUGAUUUUCCUUGGAGAUUAUAUACACACUUACUCAUUUGAGAAUGUGUUCAGAAUAGUUUAAGAACUCCUUUUGGAAUUGCUUUGAUUCUGAAUAUCACUGAUGGAUAUUUCUCUUCCUUUGAUGAUGAAGUCUAUUUUCAUACAUCUGAUGUUAUUCAGAGCUUUACCUGCAGAAUAUUGUAGGGGUCCAGCUGGGUACUUUUUUUCAGAUAAUAAAUAUACUCGGCAAAUAUUUUUUGAUGACCCACUAAUGCCUUUCAAUCUGAUGGACACUAGCCAUGGUAAACAAAACAGUAUCUAUUUCUUUGAGUUGUAGUCUAGUAGGGGAGAUAUACAUCAAAUAAAUAGUGAAUAUGAUAGGCAUCGUGAAGAGAAAAAAUCAUGCACGGUAAUGUGUAUAUAACAAGAACUGGCAUAGCACCUGAUUUAUACUGGAUGUCAUGCUCCGCAGAAGUAAUAUUUGUGCAAUGACCAAAGAAUAGGUGUUAGACACGUGAGAAUUGAAGUUGGAUUGAGCCACAAAAUGAGUAAAGCCCCUAAGACAGGCAAUUUUGAGAAAGUAAAGAUGAGUAACCUGUGGAAUAAUAUUUGAAGAAUAGAAUAAAAUGAAUUUGAAGAAGUUAGCAAAUGCCAGAUCAUGUAAGGGGAAUUUGAGUUUUAAUGUAUUGCAGAGGCAGAAGGUUCGAGACUGCCAUCAUCUUUUCUGGUUUAUUGCAUUUCUCUUCUAGCUAAUUUCUCUACUUAAACCCUUAACCCCUGUGGUCCAUCUUCAGUGAAGAGCCAGAGUGAUCUUUUUAAAUGUAAGGCAUUUUCUCUUACUCCUUGUCCAUGUCACUAAAUGCCUUCUCCUUUCACUGAACAAAAGCUGGAGUCCUUCAAAGAAAGUAUAAGGCCCUAUAUGAUCUGGCCCCUCCUAUCUCAUUUCCUACUACUUUCGUCCGUGCUUACUCUGCUCCAACCUCACUCACCCCCUCACAUAUACAAAGAAUGUUCCUACCUUAGGAUCUCUGAACCUAUAAUUUCCUAUACCUGGAAUGUUUUCUCCAAAUAUUUAUAUCCUUGCCCUCUCACUUCCCAUAGGUCUCUAUUAUUAGUCAGAUCCUUCCCCACUCAUGCCAUAUACAUUGAUAACUAUCCUCUUCCAUUCCAUGACCACCUAAUAGGCCAUAUAUAUAUACAUACAGGUAUAUAUAUGUCUGUAUAUGUAUAUACACCUGUAUGUGUAUGUAUAGGUAUAUAUAUCUCAACUCAUGCUGCAUGAGCACAGGGGCUUUUUUUAGUCACACUAUGGCUUCAUUACCCCAAACAGUGUCUGGCAGAUAGAAGGCAUUCAAAUUAAUGAAAAGUGAAGGAAAUCACAAGUGUGUGUUGGAUUUCUGGCUUGUACAUCUUAAUGUUAGCAUAAUGAUAACAGUGAGAGGAGAGACACAGAAGUAGAUUUGGAAUAGGGAAAAGAUUAUGAGUCAAUUUUAGGCAUAUUCAGUUUGUUCAGCCCAUGAAACAGCCACAUGGAUACAUCAUAGGCAGGUGGAUAUUCUACUUGGAAUACAGGCCAGAGGCCUAGGGUAGAAGUAUAAGUAUGGCUGUUUGUAGAUGGCAUUUAAAAUCGGGGAAAUGAUUACAUCUGAAGUGAGAGCACCUAUGAAAAAAAAGAUCCCAGGACUAAAUCUUAAAUAUAACAUUUGAAUGAAGGAGACCCUACUGUUGCAACAGGAAAAAAAAAAAAAAGGAUUAUGGAUGCAAGUAGUUUGUAAAUUUUGUGAUGAUUUCCAUUAUCCUAAAAUUGGGACAAGAUCAUAAGCUAAAAAUGAAAGAGUAAGAUUGCUCAAGAUUAUCAAGAUCUCAUUUGAGGUUGGAAACUAUCAAAUUAGAGUGGCAUAAAUUUAUUCACUUGAGAUUUUCUCUAGCAGUGUUUAGCUACAUGGUAGAUAAAAUAGGUCAGUAGGUUCAUACAAUAAAAUAAUUGUGUUCACCUAGGAUUGUAGAGAGAAAUGGACAAAAGAAUUAAGAGCAGCUAAAUUUGUUUUCUUGUUUUUAUUGGGCUAAUUUAUUUAACUAAUCCAAUAAACAUCCAUUGAGUCUCUACUCUGUGCCAAGCAUUGUUCUAGACAUUGGUGAUACAGAGUUGAAAAAUACAGUUCCUCCUCUGGAACUUUGGUAUAGUGAAUGUGAUAGACAUAUAAAUAAAUAUGAUAUAAUAUGUGAUAUGAUAGAAAGCAUAAUCAAUGAAAUAUUUUGGAAGCAAAGAAAAUAGAGCCAUGGGGAAAUAAGUGAGGCUUUGCCAAGGAGACGACAUUUGAUUUGGGUCUAGAUUUCAUUUGAUAGAGUACAUUUUCAUUUGAUAGCGUACAUUAUUGUUCAAAUAUCAGUGAAUUACUAGAGGUGGAACUAUAACAUAGCUCAUGCUUGUUCCCAUCUUGCUCCGCCACAGAAAUCUUUACAUCAGAAAAUUUAUUUUACCGUAGCAAAAAAACACAUUGUUCAUAGACUGAAACACAUAUUGACACCUCCUUUAUGCUAGAUAGCAGUGCUUUUUCAUAUGCCUGUCAGCUCUAAAAAGACAAUUACCUAAAAUAUUUUGAGCAGUGGCGGUAUCAGUAGAGCAAACAUAUAGCAUCCUAAAGUAAUUAUAUCAAAGAUAAUGUUCAUUUGAAUUUGAAGGGUUUACUGGAAAAUCAUCCUUUGCUUUAUAAUCAAGUCUUGUAUGUAAUUAAAACUCUGUCUCUGGUUUUCAUUUAGAGAUUUUACUUUGAGUAUAAACUGAAUCAUUGACACAUGCUAAUAGACGUAAACACGUGUAUUUAUUAUGUGUAUAUGAAUAAAUACAUAUAUUUUUAAUAAUUUGGUAUGUAAUUGAGGUAUUUUGUAUAAUUCUUCAGUAAUUGUCCAGGGCUUGUCUAAGCAUUAUGUAUUUGCCUGGAGAAGGCUUUCAGUAACUUUUUAAUAGAAAUUAAAAACCUAACUUUUUGACCAUAAUGGUACUAAUUGUUUAUAAGGAAAUUCUUAAUAGUAAUGUAUAGUUUAGGAUUCUUCUUAUAUUCAUUGAAUACCAUACCCAAAGUAUCUCUAUCAUCAUGAUUAUAUCACCAUCUUCUUGAGACCUCUGUUACCUUACCUGAGACUUGUUCCAUUAAUUGUCUCUUCUUUGCUCUAUGCCUUUAACCUCACUUCUUCACUGUCUUCCUUUCAGCUUAUAUACAUGAUCAAGUCUUCUUUUUAAAUGGGAUGGGAGAGAGAUGGAGUGAGGAAGACCUUUGACCUUGAAAAGGAUAGUCUGGGCUUUCUCGCUACUUUCUCAUGUUCCAUUCAGUUGUCCUCAUGUUUGCAGCAUAGCAUCAUAGUUUAAAGCUUGGAUUUUUCAGCUUGAUUGCUUAGAUUCAAAUUCUAGUUCUGUUACUUGUAAGUUGGUGUGACCUUGGAUAAGAAACAUUUUUAAUUCUUCAGCUGUUAAAUGAAGAUAAAGCACUUACGAAGUGCUUGGAACAUGACAAACACUAUGUAUCAACUGCUAUUAUAGCAUCACUGUGACCAUCAUACCUCUCAUAGAAAUUGUUUUUGGUAAGGUCAUUCUUGACUCCCUCUUUGCUAGGCUCUUUAUAGCCCCUUUACCUUUGAACGUUGAUAUCUGCUUGUAAAUGACAAGUCCCAAGUCUGUCUCCACCAUAAUUCUCUCUCCUGAGAGUUUCCCUCCAGUGUAUAACUGUUAGUUGGACAUUCCUGCCUGAAUAAUAUUACAGAUUAGUCUAAUUCAACAUGCCAGUGACUGAUCAUAUUUCCCAGAUACCCAAUGCUUUUUAUUCCUUAAGUUCACACAUAGGUGCAACCACUGAACCAAGUCAGAAUGUGAGACUUACCCCAAGUCCUGUUCAUUCUACUACCUCUUAAAUAUCACUUAUAUCUGUCCUCUCCUGUCAGUACACUGUUUUUAACACUUGAGCAGUAUUUUAAAUGAGCUAUUGAAAUACAUCUCUAACUCAUCUCUUUAUUCCAUUAUUUAUCCCCUUCUAACCCAUUUAAUACACUGUUUCCAGAGUCACUGUUUUUAUGCAAAUACAUUUAUGUUACCUCCUUGCUUAAAACUCAUUUCCUGUCACCUAAAGGAUAAAAUCCAAAAUGGACUCUACAUAUUUCUUUAACCAAAACUAAAAAUUCAUUAAGUUUCAAAUCUCUAUCUACAUUACCUCUUACCUGGUUGCCUUUCACACAUACAUACACACACACACCCUUUCCUCCUCAUCUCCUCUGGACAGAUAUCUUUUACACAGUGAGAAUAAUGAAAGUAGAGACUGUCUUUGGUUUUCUUUUAUAUCCCCAAUGUUUGGUGUAAUGCCAGAUAAUAGUAAGUACAUUAGAACAGUGUUUCUCACAGUGUGUUUAUGGAUAAAAGUGCUGGUCAACAAUAAAAUAGGUAUAGAAAUUACUAUAAGUGAUCCAAAAGUUUUAUAACAGACAGGGUAAUUUCAUAUCUAUUAAAUAUAAUACUUUUUUAAAUGGAGCUUUGGUUUUGGUACUUUUUUUAUUUCAUUUUUCUAGUGGUUCAUUUUUAUUAAAAAAAAACCUUAUAAAAUAUCAGUCUGUGACAAUUGAGAAAUUUUUUAAAAUGUUAGUCCUUACACACAUGGUUUGAGAAACACUGCAUUAGAAUUUACCUGAAAUAUUUAGUGCUUGUCCUAUACCAGAUUAAUGACAUUCUGGAACCGUCUAAAUCCCAAAGAGCACAAUAAUUUUUAAAAGAGUUAUAUAUAGCAUGUGGAGUUCACAUGGUGGCUCAGGGAGUUAAGAACCCAACUACUAUCCAUGAGGAUGGGGGUUCGAUCUCCAUCCACAGUCAGUGGGUUAAGGAUCUGGCAUUGCCACAAGCUGCAGUGAAGGUCACAGAUGUGACUCGGAUCUGGUGUUGCUGUGACUGUGGCAUAGCUGGCAGCUACAGCCCUGAUUCUGUCCCUAGCCUGGGAGCUUCCAUAUGCCGCAGGUGCAGCCCUUAAAAAACGUUAUACCACAUGAUGUAUGUAUUUCUUGCAAAUAACCAACUUGGGAAUGCUGGGACACAGGUUCAAUCUCUGGCCCGGCAUAGUUGGUUAAGGAACCAGUGUUGCCGUAGCUGUGGCUUGGGUUGCAAUUGCGGCUCAUAUCUGAUCUCUGGCGGGGGAACUCCAUAUGCCACAGAGUGCCCCCCCCCACAAAAAAAAAAAAACCUACAAAUUUAUGUAAAGUCC